AUGGCAGAAGACAUCAAGACCAAAAUCAAGAACCACAAGACUGCCCCUUUUGACAGUCGCUUCCCCAACCAGAAACAAACCAGGAACUGCUGGCAGAACUACCUAGACUUCCACCGCUGUGAGAAGGCAAUGACUGCUAAAGGGGGUGAUGUCUCUGUGUGUGAAUGGUACCGGCGUGUGUACAAGUCACUCUGCCCCAUAUCCUGGAUCUCAACCUGGGAUGACCGCCGGCCUGAGGGCACAUUUCCUAGGAAGAUCUGA